CCCAAGAAGAAGAAAUGAGUCGCAUUCUCUUGAACAACACCUAUCCUCAGGAUCAUGCCGAUGUGCUUGCUGCUCAUCGUGUUUGGGCCACCAGUAUGCAGAGUAGGACAUCGUCAUCAUCAUCACCAGCAGGUGGCGGUGGAGGUUCAUGUGGAGGUAGCUUCCCCGUGCGAGUAACGUAUUCCAGCGCACUCUGGCGACAUCGGGGCUUCGGUUCCGGUAGUGUGAAGGCAGGCACUUCUUCUAGGCAGAAGAGAGUAAAGUCUUCAUCAAGCGGGGCAAGGGCGUUCAAUGUAGGUCAGCAAGACACGCUAGAACAUGCUCUCCUAGUACAGCAAGCUGGUCGGGGUCGUCCGGGAGAAAGCAACACAAAAAAUAUCGAUCCGACGACGCGAACAACAGUUAUCAUGACUUCCAGCACUGCAGAGGUUGACUCCUCUGUGCAUCCAAAUUCUUCUUCAACGCAGAUCGCCUCCUCAAAGAACGCUUCGACGUCUUCCAAAGGUUCUUCGAAUGUUGCGUUACCUUUCGUGGAUGAACACGAGCAUGAUUAUAAAACUGGUGUGGUGGAUCAUCCACCUGUACCUGUAGUACAGGAAGAUCACCAAAAACUCCAGGAGGACCACAUGGACGACUACGCAAGACUGUUACACCUCUUGCAGACGACGCCUAUCGCUGUUGGUGAAGUUGACUCGACGACGAGUUGUACUACGAAAAAUGAUACAAGAAAUAUGCUGCCUACUUCAUCUAGAUUUCAUACUCAAGAAGAACAAGUAGCGGCUGAAGAUGUUCAAGAUGUUGUAGAAAGAACGGAGGAGCCC